AUGACCGCCGUAAUCUUGGCUGCCGUCCUUGCGCCCACCGCCAUACCAUACGUCGACGAGAAGAUUCGAGCCAAGACCUUUCACGAUGUUCGAGGCCCUGCGUUCGCCAAGGCCGGCUUUUUCUGCUCGCACGACGACGAGCAGGGCUACCUCUCCCGCGAACAGAUAGUGACCCGCAUAUUCGUUUGUUUCUACUGCGGGGUGCAAGUAUUUUCGAUCCUCGACUGCGAAGAAGACGAUCCGUGGCUGCUACACGCCCGCAGGUCCCCCAAUUGCGUGUUUCUACGAGUGAACAAGACCUAUUACUACGUGCACGAUGCAGUCGAAAAGUUUUACAGGAGCGAGAUGUACUGGGCGUCUCACUUUCCCGAGAUCGACGAUCUCGUCAAGGACCCAAAGUUCCGCAACAGGACUAUGAGUACUCUGUACACGGCCAACCUGACGCAUCCCUUGAACGUAUCGGCGAUGGUGAGUGCCAUUCGGAGCAGCAAGGCGACUCCGUUGGGCAGUCACACUCUGUUUGAGCCAGUGAACGCCCUUCCUUCGUUCGAUCACAAGGCUAUCGAGUCUACUUUGCUUAAGAACAUGUUCGACCACGACCCGACUGUGGCCAAGGUGAUGUCCGACUUUAAAACUUUUGCGACGUGGCCUUUGCGCAACAGUACCCCCACACCCAAGGACUUUGCCAUGGCAGGACUCGCCUACGAUCCGGAGAAGCGGAUUCUCAGCUGCUCGAUGUGCCAGCAAAAGACUCAACUCUCUACUAUCGUGGCCUCGGACGAAACACUUCCCCAAGGACUGCACGAAUCCGACUGUGACGCACCGCUACGCACGCUGAGUCCAGACGUCUCGGCGGUGGUGACCGAACGAGCGCUUGCCUUUAGGCCCGAGUUUCAGACUUACGCUGCGAGGUUCGCCUCCUUCGACGCUCGGCCGAAAGAAGAAGACGUCUUUGACGUGGAUUACAUGGCAUCUGCGGGAUUUUAUUACCUGACCGAUCGGACCGUGGAAUGCUUUUGUUGCGGACUUCGGUUGCUUUCGUGGGAAGCCGACUACGACGACCCAGUCGAGGAACACGCCAAGUACAACCCUCGCUGCCCCUAUCUUCGAUUGUGCGCGAGCGUAACCUACAUCAAGGAGGUGUCCGACGUGUGUCGGCCAGCGGGAGAGAUGGGGACCUGUCUAGUCGAGCCAUUGUCGCUUUGGGUUAUAGGGUAG